AUGCCUGCCUCGGAAAUAGACGACAUCUUUGCCUCUAAAGGCAAGCUCCCUGCUGCUGCCCCUCCCAAAGCCUCGUCUUCAUCUGCACUCCUGUCCGACAAGAAGAAAAAGAAAAAGAUAAAGGACAAGGGCGAGGUUGGGGACAAGCCUGUCAGGCGUAAACGCGAGGACUCCAACGAAGACCCUGCUCCUAGCGUGCCUUCCAAGCGGAAGGUGCCGGAGACCGUCUUCGAUCCCUAUGUAACCUUGCCUUCUACCAAGUCCAAUAAGAGCAAAGCCCCAAGGGUAGAGAAAACUGAAGGCGGUGUACCAAAAGCGAAGAAGGCAAAGAAGGACCGGGAGGAGGAAGACCGCUUCAAGGACUCCCGGGGCACUGGCCCUCGUCGCAAAACCGAGGAGGGCUUCUCGAUAUACAAGGAGGACGAGUUGGGUAUCACCGACCAGGGCGGCGAUACCGCACUAUGUCCCUUCGACUGCCAGUGUUGUUUCUAG